AACUUCGUCGCAUCUAAAGUGAAACAUAAAUACGAGUUUCCCGUGAAGCGGAUUCUUUUAACGAGUGACCGAAAGGAAGGUUCAGAUAGUGGAAAUGGACUGGGAAUGAAAAUAGCUGGAGGAAGAGAAAUUCCUGGAAGUAAUGGAAUGAUAGGAGCAUUUAUUGUGGAAGUAUCUCCAGGGGGAGUAGUGGAAACAUUAGGAGAGGUACAAGAAGGUGAUCUGGUUUUGGAAUGGAAUGGCAUCCCUCUAACGGGAAGAACAUACGAUGAUGUUCAGCGUAUUACAAAAUCGACAAGGGAGGAAGUGGAAAUUGUAAUUCAAAGGAUGGAACCACAGGCUAUUAGAAAUGAGCCAGAAACAACCAGUAAUCAUAAGCACGAACCAAGAAGCCUGCCGUCUUCCUUUGAAUCAGGAGAUAAGUACCUCAGUAGUAGCUCUUCUCACAGUACAGUUGAUGGACUAGUCUCUAAGGAGCAGCAUCGUAAAGGUAAGUUGAAACCGACAGAUAAGUACCUCUGUAACAGUUCACAUCACAGUUAAUGG